AUGAAAGUGUUCGCCAUCGCUUGUGUGGGCCUCUUGGUCGCCAGCUGUGCCUGGGCUGCUCCAAAUGUGCAAGAUAAUAAAAUCGAAAGUGAUAGUACAUUCGGACGUGCCGCCCGCUAUUUGGGCGCCUGUCUCGAAAGUGAAGACAUAUCCACCUGUUUGGCAGUCAAGGGAAUUACGGCACUGAAUCGCGCCGCCAGGAGCAACAACAUCGAGUUGGCCAAUGGUGUCACCUUCAAGAGAGAUCCCGCCAGUCCUGUUCAACGCUCCGGCAAAUCCCUGAGCGAGCAGGAUGUCUACGCUGAGCUGCCCCCGUCCACUGAGGAGCGCAACAGCCGCCUGGUUGACUUGGCCGUGUCCAGCGUUGCCGAAUUCUUGAGCACACACAAUCUGGAGUUCAAACUGCCUGCCGAGACCACACAGCAAGUCGCACGCGCUUUGGAUGAAGGCCGUGGCAAGAUCAAGAAGAUGAUCGGUCCCCUCGCCCUGGCCAUUGGUGCCAAGCUCUUUGCUGUUGUGCCCCUCGUACUCGGCUUCUUGGCUCUGCUGACCUUCAAGGCUGUUGUGGUGGCCAAGAUUGCCUUCUUCCUGGCCCUGCUUGUCGGCGGCUCGCGUCUGCUGGGCGGUUUUGGCAAAUUGGGUGGCUCCUAUGGCAGCGGCUACAACUCAAAUGCCUGGUCGGCACCUGCCAGUUCCGGCUGGUCCUCUGGCGCCUCCUCCGCUUAUCCAUAUGCACGUAGCCUGAGCGAUGCUGAUGCUCAGGAGCUGGCCUAUGCUGGCCAACAGCAGCAGCAGCAGCAGCAGCAGUAG